AUGGACGAGGAAACACGGCAACUCAUUGAACGAACAAAGCAAAGGAGAGAACGUUUGAAAGAAAUAAGUGAAACAGAUUUGACUGCAAGAAAACGUCGGCCACUGACAGAAGACAAUUCUGUUAAUAUUAAAGCCCCCUUGGAAGAUGACUCUCCUAAACGCCAAUGUUUUCGAGAAGAGGAACAAGCCAUCAAGCCAGAUACACCAGCCAUCCGCAGUGUACGUUCUCGACAGAUUGAUCUUACCAGCUCUAAAAGCUUCAACUCUGAAGAUGAGUACAUUCCAGUUCCUGUACCAAGAAAAUCUUUGUCACAAGAAGAAAACCGUAAUCCAAAUCCAGAAAAUAAGAGACCAGAAAGUGUCUCCAAAUUUGCCAUGCUUGCUCAGAAAAUAAAUUCUUGGGAUGAUGAUUAUUCUUACCACACCAUCAAACCAAAUGAAAUAGCUUCAGCUCCUAAGCCAACUAUCAUCAAGGAUGCCACUUCAUUAAGGUCGAAGUCCCCUGCACCUAUUGCACCCCAUACUAAAUCCCAGGCUCUACCAAAUUCUCUAUCUAAAUCACCUGCACCCAUUGCUCCUGGAUCUGCUUCUCGCUUUAAAUCACCUGCUCCCAUUGCCCCACAGCCUCAAUCUCCAGCCUCUCCACAGAUUCGUAAUGUUAAUGAAAUUGAUGACUUAGAGGCUAUAGUUGACAGAAUGGCUCGGCAGACCAAUACUGUGUCACCAAAAAGAAACUUUAAGUCUACUCCCUCUUGUGACCCCAUUCAGGGAAUAUCCAGUCAUAUCCCUAUUAACAGCAAGGGCCUGAAUGAGUCUCUUUCCAAUGGAGAAGUUACGGAUGAUGAGCCAACAAAUAAAUCAGUAUCUGAGAGGUUGGCCUUGCUAGAGAAAAACCUUGCCACUUCCCCAGUCAAGAGCAAUAAGUCAGCAGUGCCAAUCUCUACUGCAGCUCCUUCUCCUCUUAAUAAAGAUAUAUCUUCUAUUCAGUUUACACCAGGGCCUCCUGUCCAGUGUGCUGCAGUGACCAGGGUAAAAGAGAACAAAAAUAGACGGGAAAGCUUUGAGCCAACCCGGGAAUCUGUCUCCAAAAGAAUGGCUGACUGGCAGAAAAAGGUGGCAGCUGUUGAUAAUGCAAAAGAGAAAGAACCAACUGCAUAUCCAGUAAAUGCCCGUAUGUCUGCUUGGGAAAAGGUGACUUGCAGUGGCAACACCCCUGCAAAUAAGAUGAUUAAACCCCAAGGUAAUGUUCUACCAACUGCUGGGCGACCUCAGACUAAUGUCUGUACAAUUCCUAGUAAGCCUUUUGUACCCAAGUCACCAGUAGCUGCUCGAAAAAUUGAGGUAUCUCCUGUUAAAUCUGACCCUAGUGUUGGUGCAAAGGCCCUUUCACCUGCUAAGGCCAGCUGUGCUAUGAAAGCUAUUCACCAAAGGCUGUUUGAGUCCCAGAACCAAAACACAACACAUUCAUUAGCUGAAAAAAUUCGUCAGGAAAGGAUGGCUGAGCUGAAGGUGAUUGAAAAUCGUUGGCAAAAUGGACUUUUGAAAGAGCAUUAUGUGACAAACAGUGAUGUUGAAUCUGUUUCUAAUGAAGGACCAACAGAAACUUGUAGUCCAUCUCAAGGCUCAGCCAUUUCCAAGUCAUCUCCUCCUCGAUCUGAUUCAGUUAUUCCUCCCCCUCCACCUCUUCCUCCCAUCUCAACUGGCUCUGCUACAAUUCCUCCUCUGACUAGCACUACUAUCUCAAUCUCUGCUCCUACUGCCUCUCCCUCAACAAUGAUGACUACAGCUGGGCCCACAAGCAUUUUCAAGCUGAUUGCUUCUUCCCAAGCUUCUCCUGCCAUUAAGAAAACAGGUGUACUAAACACAGGUAACACUACUGCUGCUAAAACUGUGAUUAAACAAGUGCGAUUUGAGGACAGCUUUGAAAGUUCAGAUGAUUGCACGGAUUCUGUUGACAAUGGUCUGAAUACAUCACCAGCAGAUGAUCUCAGCAGUGACAAUGAGGCUGAGAAGACCCUUGAGUCUCGCCGUGACCUCCUUUCUCCAGAAGAGGAGGAUGACGCUGAUUAUACCUACAGUAGUAGUGAGGAGAAUGAAGCUUUGGCUUCUCAAGCUGCAACCAAUGCACGAUCUUGCAUAGAUUCAGAAAGUGAUGAUGUCAGCAUCAGUGCUUUUGUUCCGGAAGCUGUUCGUCAACAGUGCAAAUUGUCUUUGCAAACUGAAAGCUGUUCCAAUAUCUUGGCACUUGCACGCAAACAGCAACAGCAGCAACUUUUGGAUGCUAACAAUAGUUCAUUUGAUAGUAUGGAAGAUCAACACGUUCAGCAGGAUACCUCUGAUGACAGUGAUAUAUCAGCUGAAGGCACAAGUGUUGAUGAUGCACUUGAUGAGGCUUUGGACAUGGAUACUGAUGACGGAGUUAUGGAGAAAACUCCAACCAACUAUUCAGCUAACAAACGUGGUAGUCACAGUUUGGCCACAUGUACAGACAGUUGCUUUGAUGAAUCAACAACAGAUGAUGAUGUUGUCAUGAGAGACAGAAGCCCACUUGUGUACAGUAUCAGCAUGUACAGGUCUAAAAGGUUUAGCAACAAUGUGAAUGUAACCCCAGUUCAGAAAAUAAUUCGUAACAGUAAACCAGUGAGCACUGAGGAAGAACUGGAAUCUGAAAGCUCAGAUUCCCCACCAGUAGACAACAGAAAGGCCAUUCUGGAUAGAAUUAAGGAAUUCAACAACCAGAUUGCCUUAGAACAAACAGUAAUCCUGCAGACAAGCAACGCGUUGAACCAAUGUUGUACAGAGGGUUCGUCAUUCAAUGGAUCUACUCAGCAAGUGGAAUGUCACAAGCUAUUACUCAUUGCCUGUAACUUAAUCCUGCCCCCAACGGAAAAGAACUUUUUUACUUUUCUUUUUUUUUUCUCUUCUCUUUUCUUUUCUUUUUUUUUUUCUUCUCUUUUCUUUUCUUUUUUUUUUUUUCUCUUCUCUUUUCUUUUCUUUUUUUUUUUUCUCUUCUCUUUUCUUUUCUUUUUUUCUCUUUUUCUUUUCUUUUUUCUUUUUCUUUUCUUUUUUUCUCUUCUCUUUUUCUUUUUUUCUCUUCUCUUUUUUUUUCUCUUCUCUUUUUCUUUUUUCUCUUCUCUUUUUCUUUUUUUCUCUUCUCUUUUUUUCUUUUUCUUUUCUUCUCUUUUCUUUUUUUUCUCUUCUCUUUUCUUUUUCUCUUCUCUUUUUCUUUUUCUUUUCUUUUUCUCUUUUUCUUUCUCUUUUCUUUUUUCUCUUUCUUCUUUUCUUUUUUUUUCUCUUCUCUUUUUCUUUUUUUCUCUUUUUUUUUUCUCCUUUUUCUUUUUUCUCUUUUUCUUUUUCUUUUUUCUCUUUUUCUUUUUCUUUUUUCUCUUCUCUUUUUCUUUUUUCUCUUCUCUUUUUCUUUUUUCUCUUCUCCUCUUCUUUUUUCUCUUUUUCUUUUUUCUCUUCUCUCUUUCUUUUCUCUUUUCUCUUCUCUCUUUUCUCUUCUCUCUUUUCUCUUCUCUCUUUCUCUCUCCUUUUUUCUCUUCUCUUUUUUUUCUUCUCUUCUCUCUUCUUUUUUUCUCUCUUCUUUUUUUCUCUCUUCUUUUUUUCUCUCUUCUUUUUUUCUCUCUUCUUUUUUUCUCUCUUCUUUUUUUCUCUCUUCUUUUUUUCUCUCUUCUUUUUUUCUCUCUUCUUUUUUUUCUUUUUUUUUUUUUUUUUUUUUUUUUUUUAACCAAUGCCUAA